UCUUCCUCUGUCUCCUUCCUAGCAGACGGUCGAUCGUCUCGUCUCUGCAGUUUGCAAAAUGGAAAGUGAUGACUAUAAGUUUAUGCGAAUAGUCGACGCAAUGGCGUCCCUUAAUCAGCGAAUCAAUCUAGCUGGAGUGGUCGCUGAGAUUGGUAUACCGAAGAACACCAGAGGAUCAGAUGCUUUCCGCUCAGUCAAGAUCGUUGAUGCGUCAGAGCCGAGCAAUGGGUAUUUCUUACACUUUUUUGCUGAAUCUAUGGACAAGCUUCCACAUGUCGAAAAUAUUGGUGAUGUAAUUACGGUUUAUAACGUUUUGAUUAAAACUUGGGAUCAAGGCUCAUAUGCUCAGUACAACAAGAAAUAUUCUUCUUUUGCCAUAUUUGAAGGGAGGGACAAUAGUAAUGUGGAGCCUAGACCUUAUCAAUUUUCUUAUACAUAUAGAGCAACAAAUCAACACAAGAAGAUCAUAAGGGAGUUGAGAAAAUGGUGGGCUCAGCACAAUGUUGAUAUUGCGAAUGGGUGUUUUGCAUUCAAAGAUAUGAAGGAAGGUGAGAGUGUCGACCUGCUUUGCAAGAUUUUGCAUGUCUCCAAAAUUGAGGAUGCGGCGAUGUUCUUUCUUUGGGAUGGAUCCGACACACCACCUGCUUCUGUUGAGUCCAAACUGGAAGACGAGAGAGACAAUCCACUUCCUUUACAGCUGGAGCCCUCUCUGUUACCUAGAGAUAUUCUGUGUACAUUUCCAUGUGUCGGAACUAUCCUGAGAAUGUUUUUGGACGAACGCAGUGAUAAACUUGGGGUCGGGUUCUUAAGCUCAAAUAGAUGGGUGAAAUUGCUCCAUGUAAAAUGUGAAAUCCGUGCUGCAUUGUGGUGUGCUGUGCUAAUGCCCUUUUCGAAGUUUGUCUAUUUACCUGAUGAUACUGAGUGUGUAAUUCAAUGCCAGAGGUCAUACGACAUGCGCCUUAAAUCCAAGUGGGGAAGAAUGCCCAUCUCUAGUGCCACUGGAUUAUCUCGCAUAACAGAGACUGAUCAUCCUAAUGUGCCUUUCGUGACUCUGAUGAAUGUCCUCACUCAUCCUGAGGUAACAUAUAAAUUCAAGUGUGUUGUACGUGUUGUUGCAAUUUUCCCAUGGAGGGCUGAUGAUUUUCGAGCUGCAAAUGGCAUCUACAGAGUCAGGUUGACUCUAGAAGACCCCACUGCAAGAAUCCAUGCUUAUAUUUAUGCAGAGGAUGGGGCAAAACUUUUUGGAAAUUUCACCUCCGUUGAGGCGCUAACCAAGAUGCGGAACAUGCUACUUGGAGUUGCUGAUGACAGUGCAGAUACUGAGACUAAUGGUCCUAGAAAUCCCCCAUGGAUACAAUGUUGCUUGAAAUCUUACUACAUCGACUCUAACAAUGUCUGGGGGAGCAGGAAUUUCCGGAUCUUUGGCACUAAAAUGGUUAGCGGAUUUAGUAUGCCCCAAUUACCCCUCUAAUGGGCUAUGUAACUUUUGUAAAAGGAUGUGCAUAUUUCUCCUACAAAUCGCUGGGGCAUAUUUUGCAGAUCAUGUAAACUAGUUUUGGCAGGUGUAAAUUAUUUUGAACUGAUCAGAUUUGUUAGAUGCAAGUUUAAUCUUUAGUUAGAUACUCUAGUGUGAAACUCUAUUGCCCCUCAUCUUAAAAUGUCAGUAAGGCAACA